AUGCCCAGAUCUCAGCGUACAGGUGACUUGAUUUACAAUCCGGAAAUCGAAAAAGAAGCAAGGCGCUUGGCGAAGGAAAAACGAGUUGAACGUGGUCAAACUUCUAACCCCCACGGGGACCUGGAGGUUGAAACCGCUUCAUUAAGUGAUAUAGAACCCGAUUCCAGUCCCGACCCUCACCAAGAAAUUCCCGAAACACCACCUCUACAACAAAAUCCACCCAUUAUUGAACCAAUUGAAAUGGCGGACGGAGGAGAAGUUCCCGAAAGAACUUUGAGUGGCAAGCAAGCCGGAGAAAGUAGUUCAAAGAAGAAGCCAAGGGAAGAAGAGGAAGAAAUAGAGAUCAUUCCCAUUGAAGAACCUACAGUCAAGAACGAUGCACAAGCCGGAGUUCCAAAGAAUUCCAUCCCUCUAGUAACACCAAUAGCCACUCAACCACCAUUCCCCUCCCAAUUUGCAACUUCAAAGAAGAAUAUGGAGGAGAAAGAGAUUUUGGACACCUUCCGAAAGGUGGAAGUAAACAUCCCUCUACUUGAUGCGAUCAAGCAGAUUCCAAGAUAUGCAAAGAAACUUCCACCCAAAUGCAAAGAUCCCGGAAUGUUCACGGUUCCUUGCAAGAUUGGGGAUGUCACUUUUAGUAGUGCUAUGCUUGAUCUUGGUGCCUCUAUAAACGUUAUGCCCUACUCGGUGUAUGAAUCAUUGAAUGUCGGAACCUUAAGUGAAACCGGUGUCAUUAUCUCUCUUGCGGAUAAAUCAAGUGUCUUUCCUAGAGGUGUUUUGGAAGAUGUCCUAGUGCAAGUGAACCAAUUGGUCUUCCCGGCAGAUUUCUAUGUGAUUGAUCUAGAUGAGCAAGUAUCAUCCAAAUCGGCUCUAAUCUUGCUUGGGAGACCGUUCUUGAAGAUGGCUAGGACAAAGAUCGAUGUGUAUGCGGGAAGUUUGACAAUGGAGUUUGAUGGUGAAACAAUAAGUUUUAAUAUUUAUGAUGCCAUGAGAUAUCCUAGUGAUGUUUCAUCUUUAUACUUUGUUGAUGUUGUCGAGCCAAUUACUCAAGAAUUGUUCGAGUUAUCCAACGGUGAUAUAUUCGAGAUGAUCUUAAGCAAAGGGUUCGAUUGUGGAAAGCUAGCCGAGCUAUUAAAGCUUUAUUAUUUGGAUCCGGAAGUUGAGAAGCUAGUAAAUAAAAUGGAGAUGAAGAAAUCCACAAGAUUAGAUGUCAAGCAAGUUGAAUUGCCCCCAACUCAUACAAAAUUGCCCCCAUCCCUUAUUCAACCACCUGAAUUGGAAUUGAAGGUCUUACCUCAACACUUGAAGUAUGCCUAUUUGGGGAAGAAUGAAACCCUUCCAGUUAUCAUUUCAACUCACUUAACCGAAUUUGAAGAAGAACAACUCGUCAAGGUGUUGAAGGAGCAUAAAGAAGCCAUGGGAUGGACGAUUGCAGAUAUCAAGGGAUUGAGCCCCUCCACUUGUAUGCACAAGAUCUUAAUGGAGGAUGAAUGCAAACCGAGACGGGACGCACAAAGAAGGUUGAAUCCGCCAAUGAUGGAAGUGGUCAAGAAAGAGAUUUUGAAGCUCUUAGAUGCGGGGAUGAUCUAUCCAAUCUCGGAUAGCAAGUGGGUGAGCCCGGUGCAAGUCGUUCCAAAGAAGACGGGGAUCACGGUGGUCGAAAACAACAAAGAAAGGUUGGCUGGGAAAUCCCAUUAUUGUUGUCUAGACGGGUACUCUGGUUUUCACCAAAUUCCGGUGGCACCGGAGGACCAAGAAAAGACAACUUUUACAUGUCCAUUUGGCACUUUCGCAUACCGUAGAAUGCCAUUCGGAUUGUGUAAUGCCCCGACCACUUUCCAACGUUGUAUGGUUAGCAUCUUUUCGGAAUAUGUUGAAAACAUAAUUGAGGUUUUUAUGGAUGAUUUCACGCUCUUGCAAAAGGAGGUUGAUUUUGAGUUCAACGAGGCGUGCAAAGAAGCUUUUGACAAGCUUAAAGAGUUGCUUACAUCUGCUCCCAUCAUGCAAGCACCAAAUUGGGAUCUUCCUUUUGAGAUCAUGUGUGAUGCAAGCAAUUACGCGAUAGGCGCCGUCUUGGGUCAAAAGAACGGGAGGGCAUCCCAUGUGAUCUAUUAUGCAUCAAGAACACUAGACAAUGCUCAAAGCAACUACUCUACCACAGAGAAGGAGCUAUUGGCCAUAGUGUUUGCUCUGGAGAAGUUUCGACAAUAUCUACUUGGCACCAAAGUCAUAGUGUAUUCGGAUCAUGCGACUCUCAAGUACUUGAUGCAAAGAAAGAUGCAAAGCCGAGACUCAUCCGAUGGAUCCUACUGUUACAAGAAUUUGACUUGGAAAUCCGGGACAAGAGCGGGUGCGAGAACCUUGUGGCCGAUCAUCUAA